GAUUCAUUUUUUGGCAUUAGUGUUAUUUACAACACCUGGAAAUAUUCUCACUCUUAGUGAGCACUUCAUUGGUAUAUAAAGACACCCAUGGUAGUUUUUUUGACACAUUUCUCACAGAAUCAUAAGAAAAUGUUCAGACUUCUCGUGCUUGCGACACUCGUCCUUUGUGGAUAUUGUCAUGAUGAUGACAUCCGCUAUUUUGAAGAUAAUGAAAAUGGACGUGUGGUAGGAGGAACCAACGCAGCAAAGAAUGCCUGGCCAUGGCAGGUAUCUCUUCAGUAUCGGUCUGGUAGUAGCUGGUAUCACACUUGUGGGGCUUCCCUGAUCCGUUCUAACCGUGUGCUGACUGCUGCUCAUUGUGUAGACAGCAAUCUUUCCUUCCGUGUGGGCCUUGGGGAGCACAAUCUUAGUACUAAUGAUGGCACUGAACAGUACAUUUCAGUCUCUUCUAUCAGGAGACAUUCUUACUGGAACUCCAACAAUAUCGCUGCUGGAUAUGAUAUUGCUAUCCUGUGGCUGGCCUCCAGUGCUUCCCUGAACAGUGCUGUGAAACUGGCUACACUGCCAGCAAGUGGAGCUACCCUGGCCCACAACUACAACUGUGUGGUAACUGGAUGGGGAAGAACCAGAACCGGUGGAUCUCUUGCCUCUAUUCUCCAGCAAGUCACUCUGCCUGUAGUUGCCCACUCAACCUGCUCUCUCAGUAACUGGUGGGGCAGCUCUGUCAAGACCUCCAUGAUUUGCGCUGGUGGAGAUGGAGUCAAGUCUUCCUGCAAUGGUGAUUCCGGAGGACCCCUCAACUGUGCAGUCAAUGGGGUGUAUCAGGUUCAUGGUAUUGUGAGCUUUGGAUCCACUCUUGGAUGCAACUACUACCAGAAACCAUCUGUGUUUACCAAGGUCUCCUCUUACAUCUCCUGGAUUAACAGUAACAUCUAAAUGGAUAACAUCUUCUCACAUGGGGAAACCAUAAAUGACAACAAAUAAUACGUCUCGAUUAGUUUGAAUGAGGGUAACAUGCUAAUAAAGAACCAGUAA